UGCCGGGAUGGAGGACCUAGCCAGCAUGGAGCCUCCGGAGAGAUGAGGUGAAAUUGUUGUUGCCGGCUCCUCCGGUCUUCCGGCCCCAACAUGCUGGUGCAUCUGUUUCGGGUCGCGAUACGGAGCGGCCCUGUCCCAGGCAGGUCGCCACUGUCCCUCCGCUUCCAGACGCUUCCGGCCGUCAGGUCCCCGGAUGGCCACGUCAGCUCGUCCCUCCUCAGGGCCGUCGCCCGGGUCCGGUCGCAGCUCCGGGCCUGCCUCCCCGGAGCCCCGGCAGCCCCCGCCCGGAGCCCCUCGGCCUGGCGCUGGGUCGGGGGAGCCCUGCUGGGCUCCGCGGUGCUGUGCCAGGGUCCCCGCCUCUGCCUGGUGGCCCUGUGUGAGGCAGGAGAGGCCCCGCCCGCCCGCGACACACCCUGCCUGGGGGACUCGACAUUCAACUGGAAGCUCUUCUGGCGCUUUCUGCGGCCACACCUGCUUCUCCUGGGGGCGGCCAUCGUGCUGGCGCUGGGCGCGGCCCUGGCCAACGUGCAGAUCCCCCUGCUCCUGGGCCAGCUGGUGGAGAUCGUGUCCAGAUACACGCGGGAGCGCGUGGGGAGCUUCGCCUCGGAGUCCCGUCACGUCAGCACGCAGCUGCUGCUCCUCUACGGCCUCCAGGGACUGCUGACCUUCGGGUACCUGGCGCUGCUGUCUCACGUCGGCGAACGCAUGGCGGUGGACAUGCGCAAGGCCCUGUUCAGCAACCUGCUCCGACAAGACAUUGCUUUCUUUGAUGCCAAAAAGACAGGGCAGCUGGUGAGCCGCCUGACCACGGACGUGCAGGAGUUCAAGUCCUCUUUCAAGCUCGUCAUCUCCCAGGGGCUCCGCAGCUGCACGCAGGUGGCCGGCUGCCUGGUGUCCCUGUCCCUGCUCUCCCCGCGCCUCACCCUGCUGCUGGCCGUCACCACCCCCGUCCUGAUGGGGGUCGGCACGCUGCUGGGCUCCAGCCUCCGGAAACUGUCUCGCCAGUGCCAGGAGCAGAUCGCCAGGGCGACGGGCGUCGCGGAUGAGGCGCUGGGCAACGUGCGGACCGUGCGGGCGUUCGCCAUGGAACGGCGGGAAGAGGAACGCUACGGGGCUGAGCUGGAGGACUGCCGCUGUAAAGCCGAGGAGCUGGGCAGGGGCAUCGCCGCCUUCCAAGGGCUCUCCAACAUCGCCUUCAACUGCAUGGUCCUGGGCACCCUAUUCAUCGGGGGCUCUCUUGUGGCUGGACAGCAGCUGACAGGGGGAGACCUCAUGUCCUUCCUGGUGGCUUCCCAGACGGUGCAGAGGUCCAUGGCCAGCCUCUCGGUCCUGUUUGGGCAGGUUGUGCGUGGCCUGAGCGCCGGCGCCCGUGUCUUUGAGUACAUGGCCCUGAGCCCCUGCGUCCCCCUGUCUGGGGGUUCCCGCAUCCCCGGCACGGAGCUGCGCGGCGCGGUCACUUUCCAGAACGUCAGCUUCAGUUACCCCUGCCGUCCAGGCUUCGAGGUGCUCACAGACUUCACCGUGACGCUGCCCCCCGGCAAGAUCGUGGCCCUGGUGGGACAGUCCGGAGGAGGAAAGAGCACCGUGGCCUCCCUGCUGGAGCGCUUCUACGACCCGACGGCCGGCGCGGUGACGCUGGACGGGCACGACCUGCGCACCCUCGACCCCUCCUGGCUCCGGGGGCAGGUUCUGGGCUUCAUCAGCCAGGAGCCUGUCCUGUUUGGGACAACCAUCAUGGAGAACAUCCGCUUCGGGAAGGAGGACGCGUCGGACGAGGAGGUGUACGCAGCCGCGCGAGAGGCCAACGCCCACGAGUUCAUCUGCAGCUUCCCCGAGGGCUACAACACUGUUGUGGGUGAGCGGGGGGCCACCCUCUCGGGGGGCCAGAAGCAGCGCCUGGCCAUCGCGCGCGCCCUGGUCAAGCGGCCCACCGUGCUGAUCCUGGACGAGGCCACCAGCGCGCUGGACGCGGAGUCGGAGCAGGUGGUGCAGGAGGCGCUGGAUAGGGCCAGCGCCGGCCGCACCGUGCUGGUCAUCGCCCACCGGCUCAGCACGGUCCGCGCCGCGCACCACAUCGUGGUCCUGGCCAAGGGCCGGGUGUGCGAGGCCGGGACCCACGAAGAGCUCCUGAAGAAAGGCGGGCUGUACGCAGAGCUCAUCCGGAGACAGGCCCUGGACACCCCACUGGGCGCUCGGACCGCACCGCAGAAGAAACCAGAAGGUCCCGGGACCAGCAAGCCCGACUCCUGAGGGUCCCCGUCCGAGGUCCAGUCUGACGGCCACGCGUGAGCCGGGACUCACUCGGCUGGGGUGUGGCCACCACUGCUGCCCCUCUGCUCACAAUAAAACGUGGCCCCAGGAGGCGGGACUCCCCGCCCCCCGCCUGCCGCCUCCUUCCUGCCGGAGCGCUGAGUCGUUGGUCUGUUCUUGGGCACGGCACCCCAGACUCCUCGGCCCCCGCCUUUCUCUCCAUCCCAGCCCUGCCUGACU